AUGCCACGAAUUUGUCUGCACUCAAUCGCAACAGUCACACGUCUUUUCGUACGCCCUCUCCGCGCAACCACCCGCCCGCGAUCCACCAUAGGUCGCAAACACAAAUCCCACCGCGGGCAGCCGCAGGACAAGAGCUGGCGCAACGAAGAGAAGGGCCGCAAUAAGAACAAGAACAAGAACAAGAACAGAGGCAAGGUUGGGAGGCACGCCAGGAUGGGUCAGGACGAGUCGCGCAUGGUGGACGAGAAGACGCCCCCGCAAAAGCUGAAGAGCCGCACGCUCGAGGCAGUCGCCGAUUACAUCAAAGAUGGGAGAGCCCGGCGCAUCGUGGUCAUGACAGGCGCAGGCAUAAGCACAUCUGCAGGCAUACCAGAUUUCCGCUCUCCGGAUACCGGCCUCUACGCAAACCUCGCGCGCCUCAACCUCCCCUACGCCGAAGCUGUCUUCGACAUUGGCUACUUCCGCGACAAUCCUCUGCCCUUCUAUACCCUCGCCCAAGAGCUGUACCCAGGCAACUACCGCCCGACCAUCACCCAUUCCUUCAUAAACUUGCUGCACCAGAAAGGCCUACUGCUCAAGCUGUUUACCCAGAACAUCGACUGUCUGGAACGCGAGGCGGGCGUGCCAGGCGACAAGAUCGUGGAGGCACAUGGCAGCUUUGCGCGGCAGAGCUGCAUUGAGUGCAAGGUGCCCUACCCCGAGGACCUGAUGAAGAAGGCUAUCAAGGAGAAAUCCGUCCCAAAGUGCACCCGCGACACAUGCGAUGGCCUGGUAAAGCCUGAGAUUGUCUUCUUUGGCGAGCAGCUGCCCGCCGACUUCUUCGAGAACCGCUCACUGCCAGGCGAUGCCGACCUGUGCAUAGUCAUGGGCACCAGCUUGAGCGUCCAGCCUUUCGCAUCUCUACCCAUGAUGUGCGGCGACGGCACUCCGAGGGUCUUGAUAAAUUCAGAGCAAGUCGGAGAGAUGGGAUCAAGAGCAGACGACGUGCUUCUGCUGCAGGACUGCGAUACUGGCGUGCGGAAGCUGGCUGAAGCAUGCGGUUGGCUUGAAGACCUGGAAGAGUUGUGGGAGCAGACAGCACCGUGGGCACGAGCAGGCCAGCCGAAGCCGGCGCAAGCAGACGAGCCAGAGAAAAGCCUCGACGAGCAGCUGCAGGACGAGGUCGACAAGCUCACCAAGGAGAUUGAAAAGAACCUCCAGCUCACGCAGGAUCAGCACACAUGGCUGGAGAACCAUGUGGACAACAAAUUCGCCAGAGUGCAGGACGAUGAAGCUGGCAAAGGUCCGACCGCGCCUCUCUCCACAACACCAUCAGAUACGAAAGUGGAUAGUAGCGACUCAAGCAGCGGUGGACUGCGUCACGUCUUUCCCUGGCUGGGCAAGAAGUCUUCGCUUUGAGAUAUUGUAGAUGGUAGAUCUGGCGUUACGGCUGUACAAAUCGUGCGACACCUUCAGUCCACGAGUAGCUAUGAUACCACGUUUUUGACGACAUAUGUAGGAUU